AUGACUGAUGGAAAAAAGAGUUAUACUCCUCUCGACGUAAAUCCUAAACUCAGUCGAGAUGAAGGAACAUGUCUACCAGAUCCUCGUCCUUAUCGUGCUCUUGUGAGAAGUCUGAUUUAUCUAACUAUAACAAGGCCUGACAUUGCUUAUGCAGUUGGAGUGAUGAGUCGAUACAUGCAGGAGCCAAGGAAACCACACCUCGAAGAAGCGGAGAAAAUUUUGAAGGAUAUUAAUACCUCACUAGAUAUUGGUCUACUAUAUGAGAAAGAUGCAAAAUUUAUCUUGCAAGGAUAUGCAGAUGCUGACUUUGCUGGAGAUCGAUACGCUCGAAGGUCCACAUCUGGGUUUGUUUUUCUUUGUGGAAAUACUAGCAUAUCUUGGAGUAGCAGGAAACAAUGA